UUAAAAUAUCUAUUGUUGUCGUCUUCUUUUCUAAUCAUGUUGUUAUGUUUUUGCUACUUCUUUUAUUUAUUAACAUUAAGUCGAGUGUCUUUAUGUCAAGAUAUUUUUGUGGUAAAGAACGGAUCGGACCUUGUGUGUGUGACCAACAGCAGUUCGGCCCUAAGUUGGAAUUUUUUCAGCGGUGGCGGUGCCCAGUCUAAUUACGUAUCACAGUAUAUCCCAAAUUCACCACCUAACAGUUUUGACUGUGAGAUCACAGAUGACAACAAAACCAAAACUUUCUACGAAAUCAAACCAUGGGCUUUGAGAACAAGUAGGAACUCAAGCAUUAGUAACGAAAUAAUUGUAGACAGACGAUGGGAAGAAAUGAACACAAUUUACACUCCUCCUGCCUCCGGCUACAUUCCCGUUAUGCGAAAUUUAAGACCCAAUUUUGAUCUUGCCAUAUCCGUUCGCACUGACCCUGCGGGUUACAUUGAGCUAUGUAAUUCUCUAAGGUCAUCUUGUUUGCUUUUUAAAUUGUGGCAGUUUAGAAUCAGUUCCAUUACGUUACCUGACGAAAAUUACUGGGCACAUUUUAAGCUGUUUAGGAAAGGAGAUGGUAUAUAUUUGCAAAAUGAAAAAGGUGAUGUACAUUUGCAGCGAGAAGAUUACACAGAUGAAAUUACUCAAAUGUGGGUACACAGUGGAUUUUCUUCCGGUUUAUGGAAAAUUCACGAAACAUUUUUAGUUGACUACAUUUACACGGAUGAAGAAACAAAUGAUACUCAACUGGGACCUCGUAUAGACAUUAAAGACAAUUUUACUUGUAUUUCAAUGAUAGUAUCAAUGUGCGGAUCUUGUCAGUUGAAAUUGAAAUUAAAAUCAGACAACUUGUUACUAAAGCAAGAAACGUAUCGUCUACAAAAUAAGAAAAAGAAGUGGUUUGAAAUUAAAUUUAUAGUUGAAAACAUCGUUGUCGACUCAGCACAUCUAUUCGUUUCUACUGUAGGAGGAAAUAAAUCAGACGAUUUUUGGGCAAUUGAUAAAGUUAGACUUUGCCAGAAGACAGAAUUUCGUGUGAUAAGAACUGACCGCGAGUUCAAGUGUCAGCUAGUUGAAAGUAACACACUAGUUUCUUCUGCUAUCUCAGAACCAAAAAUUGAAAGCACCUGCCCGGAGAACACGGUUGGUACCUUUUGCGUUCCAUGCCUCUGGAUCUACCCAUACAACAACUGCGACAAAAUCAGAGUUUGUACAGGAUAUAAAUUAAGAAAAACUGCCUGCUGGUGUUCCGCAGGGUUCACGAAUCUUCCUGGUUGUCAAGAUGUUUGUACUGACGGGGUGUAUGGACUUAGCUGCAACAAGACAUGUGGAGACUGUACGAGUCGCAAUUUUAACUGCGAUGCAAAAAAUGGUACUUGUCUUUCAACUUGUAGUAAAAACUAUUUGGGGCCUCAGUGCGACAGAAUCGAAGUUUCACCACCUUACGAUAUAGAAAUAAAGUGGUCAAACAACAAAGAAUUCUUAUUAAAAUGGAAAAUUCUACACGGAUCGAAAAGCAAACUUAACAAUUUUUAUAUUUUAGUGUCUAAAUGUAGAUCUGCAUGCAACCAAACGAAUAUUGUUGUUGAACGUCGAUUGCUUGUAGAAGCAAAUACCAGCAACUUCACUUUCACAAUUCAGUUUCCUUUCGAACCUUCCACUUAUUACAAUGUUACGCUGUGUUCUAACAACAGUUACAGCACAAACAGCGCUUACAAAAUUGACUUAAGUCCACCAGAACCACCAUAUCAGUACAAAGAACCUAAACUUAAUUCUACAGAUAGUACUAUUACAAUGGAACUUGAAACUACAGCUAAAAAUUUGACGGUACUGAUUUCAGACGAUAGUGGUGAACUGUAUGCACAUCCAGAACUAGAAGUUUUUGGAUCAAUUGUUAGAAAUUUUUCUAAAUACAGAACAGUAGCCGCCUUAAUGGUUAAAGAAAAAUGUGUAAUUGUUAUAGGUAACGGAUCUUUGGAAACACAGAAUCGUCCACUGAUACCAGACACUUCUUAUAACAUUACGUAUAUAUUAAGUACCACCUACGGAAACAAAACUAGUUACAAAAUUUAUGAUAUCAGUUGUUCAACGACAUCCAGCCAACUGAAGCUUCUUAGUUUGUUGAUUUUGCUUCCCACUCCUUUGGUUGCGGGAUGGUUCUUACGGGAAAAAAUAAAAAAAGGAGAAAUCAGCAGAUUAAUUCCCAGACAACUAAAAUUCAGAAGUGGGGACGAACAUCCUGAUACACAGGAACAAAGUUUAGUGGGACUGGAACCAUCCACGUGUAUGUAAAAUGUAUAUGGUUACUAAUUUCCGUUAAAUAUUUCCAAACUUGCGACAAACAAGACAAAGUGUUGACAAAGUAAAAGUUUAAAAACAACGACGUCUUUCUCGAGACACUAUUUUUCGCUCAAAGUAAGCAAAAAUUCGGGCAUUUAUUUUACGGAUUGAAAUUGUCAUCUCUUGUCAAUAAA